AUGAAGCCCGACUGGCUAAAGUCAGGAAAUCCGAUGAGGCUGUGUUUAGAGGCGCCACUACUCUUGGAUAUUCCCGCGGGGACAUCUCCCAGCAUCAGUGUACGCGAACUAUUUGCGACGUAUGAAACAUCGCGCGGAAUGGGCCGGGAUAUUGUGCGCACUACAUCAAGCGCGCUGAGAGCUCGGCAAGAUACUGCCCAGCCUGUCCGCUUACCACCUCCGACUACGUCACCGCUACCACACACUGGCUACUCCGUGACAAAAAUGAAUCAAACGACUCGUAGCUCGUGGCGUCGUAAACUCAAGCGAAUCCACACGGAUAGCAGCGAGCACCAGCUAUUCAAGGAACGAAAUACAAAAGGCGCUAUCGGCUGGUGCACUCGCAACAAAGCCCUCGCGCCGAAAGGGCCCGAUAGCCGCUUCUCGGAACGCAUGAAAGCGCUGUCAGUGGGACGCGACGCGGCCGGCACCGUGAAGUCG